AUGGCUCGCCUUUUGUUGCUUUUUGUUGCAGGGAUGAUUUUUACAGCUCAUGCAUCCCUUAUCCCAGAGGUAAGUGAACUUUUUUUAAAAAAGACGGCUCCAACCUACUAUUUUUUUCUGUAGCGCUUUAGAAAAUAUAGUUAAAAACUUCUUCAAACAAGGGACGAUAUCAAAAGAUCCGAUUAAAUCUUAUGAUCAGUCAAACAAUCAUUCACAACUCAGAAAGAUAAGUUUUUAAAUGGCAUAAACUGAACAGAAGGAGGAAGGACAUCGGAAACCAAUGAAUUUGCAUGACGCCCAACUUCUGGCCCGGCCCUUUUCAAAACUAAGAACUGUAAUAAAUUCUCACUGCGAGCCCCCACUCCCAAACGCCCCCAGGUUGGGAUAAGUUAUGGGAAGAGGCGAGCCCGGAGGCGGAAAGGAGCGGGGCGUCUGGUGUCCUUUUUAACAAAGAGGGGAAUAAACAGCAUGAAAAAAGGCCAAUUUAAACUACACUCACAAAUAUAUGCACAACGAGUUCCCCCGUGGAUCUACAGAUGCGCGGGAAUUAAAUGCACGGGUCCCACGGUCACAGGGGCGUGACGGCCCUCAGUGAGAAUAGCAGAGUACUUUUAGCUGUGAUUUUUGUCAUCCAUAUAUAACAUGAUAUAAGCAAUUUAUUCGCUGAUGUUAAAUUCUAUAGCGCAUAAGGCAUAAAGACGCGUAACUCAGUGGCAAUACUUAGUGAAAUUAAAUGAAAUAGACAGCCUAGUGAAACAUUCCAUUUAAUCUUCAAUAAAUUAUGGAAGACAAAUUUUCAACAAACUCUCUCUUGUAGCUUGUAGCUACACGCAUUGAUAAAAAUUCAAAAUUUUGCAGUCUUGAUCCUCGCCUUUCGGUACGAAAUUCACCAACGAGGAUUUGAAUCAGGAACUCAUGACCAUCACAGUGUUUUAAGUAUUUUAUUGAUCUCUGCUUUCACCUUAAAAGAUUUAUGUUUUUAAAGGAAACAUUCAUCAUAUACAUGAUAAUUAUAUCUUUUAGAAACCAGCUGCUCAUAUCGAGGCUGAGCUGGUCGCCAAGACGGUGCUCUACCCACCCGACGGCACAGGUACGUCAUUUGCUGCUUUACCAGAUCACAGAAGGCUACUGCCUCCGUUUAAUUUUCUAUUUUGUCUAGCGAGAAAUUUGGAAGGAUAGUGUAUCCUCAAAAGGUUACGAUGAUUUAUAACACAGACCACAGAAAAAAAAGUACAAGUAAGUUCAUUUCUUCGAGUUUCUUCAAAAGAUGAUUGUAAGAGGAUUUGUAGUCACCAAGGCUGGGUUUUUCAAAGCAGGAUUAAGUUAUCUACUUGCAAAAAAAUGAAAACUAUGAAAUUUCUAAAAUCCUACCAAAUAAAGUACAAGUAGUAACUCAAGCGAUGGGGAAAGAUGAUGGGGGAGCGCACUAAUCACCCUGUCGGGUAGGGUAGGAUGCAGUAGGGGUAAUGGCUAGGGUUACAUAUUAAAGUAAAUUUCUGAAAAUUUGUCUCGCAUGAUCAUGCCGAUUUCCAAAACAAUUAAUGUUAAUACUUUACUUCGUAGUGAUCGCGGACUUUUCGCUCAGUGCUCCGUACAGCUAUCUUGCAGGCGGUAUGAGGUACCAAGACGGCAAACUGACGGUGCCUACCAACGGACGCUAUUACAUCUACGCCCAAAUUUACUACAUGAACAAAGGAAGAGUCUUUGUUAAUGUAAACAGAAAAGCCGUUACCAUGAUGCAGCCGCCAAUAACUGCAAAUGACCAUGGUACCUUGAACACUGGUGGGGUGUUCAACCUGAAGGCUGGUGACGAAAUCACCUUGACUAGCGCUACUUAUCCAGAAAUAAGAGGCGCCAAGAUAUACAUGGCUUCCUACCACAGUUACUUUGGCGCAAUUCUGAUGUAA